GUGAUCUGAUUUUCCAUGUGAGACAUCAGUUGUGCAACAGAAGUCUGAUGUGCCACAAUGAUCGGAAGAUUUGUUGCUUUGACCUUUUUAAGUUUUCUGUCUCUGAUUCAGAGUCAACAGGUUCCUCAGCAAAUCUCUUUGAUUGUUGUUGAACUUGGGGAUACCUUCACUCUAACAUGUUCCUUCUCUGGGGAGAAACCCAGGUUAUUAUACUGGUAUAAGCUGAGUUUUGGAAAUAUGUUCCAAAGGGUUGCUGUAGGAUAUAUGGACUUCCCAGCACUUGAAGAUCAAUUCGACAGCUCAAGAUUCAGUAUCACAAAAGUGGGUGAUACGUUUUCUCUCACCAUAAGAAAUAUAAGCAAAGAAGAUGAGGGAACUUAUCUCUGUCAAGGAGGAUCUUCAUACACAAUGGCAUAUUUCAAUGGCACACUUCUGGCUGUGAAUGAUCCUGAACAUCAGCAGAAAUCUGUCUCCGUGAAACAAAGUCCAGAUGUGGAGUCGGUCCAGCUGGGAAACUCUAUGACUCUGAGAUGUUCAUUUCUCUACAAGAACAAAGAAAACACAGGUCGGUGUCCAGAAGAACACCGUGUGCACUGGUUCAGAGCUGGAUCAGAAUCCGAUCCAGGUGUCAUUUACACUGAUAGCACCUGCAGUGAUGAACCGGAGGAAAGGAGCUGCAUCUACCGUCUGUCCAAAACCAUAAGAGAGUCCUCUGAUGCUGGAACUUAUUACUGUGCUGUGGCCACGUGUGGACAGAUCCUGUUUGGUCAAGGAACUAAAGUCGAGACAAGAGAAGAACUGUGUCCGCUUGUGAUUGUCAUUGGGACAGUGCUGGCCUGCUCCCUGCUUGUGAAUUGUGCUCUGUUUUUCACCAGAAAACCAAAGCAAACCUGUGAACAUUGCAAAGGAAAAGUUACAGCUUCUAGUCAUGUUGAACUGGAUCGAUCAGCCGAGGAUCAACGGAACAAUGUGGAUGGUGAAGAGGUGGAAAUAAACUACGUGGCACUGGAUUUCUCAUCAAGAAAAAUUAAAAGAUGGAAGAAUAAGCAUGAUUUACCUGAGGACUGUAUGUACUCUGACAUGAGAGAAUACCGUUGAAGUGCAGUCUCCAAGAAGGAUGAACAUCAACAUAAUAUGAACAUGCAGCACGUGAUUCCUGUUGAGGUAAAGGAACAGAGAUGACAGAAAACUCAAUGUAUGGACAUAUCAGUUUUUUGCUGUGAUAUUAUUGCAAGUAGGCAUAUAACAUAGAUUUGGAUAGUGAUAGUGCUUGUGUUUUUCUCUGUCCAUUUAAACUAAAAACAUUUAUUACGAUUUUGCUAUUAUUUGUAUGUUUUUACUACUGUUAUGUCUGAUCAGAUAUUACUAUCCAUUCCAAACUGAAAUACAUAUGUUUAAUGCAAGAAAUUAAUUUACUGUCAUUAAAAAGAAAACACACA